UUAUUGUGCUGUGUUGUGGGGACGUCAACAGUUUCCUCGUACACCACUGAACAUUCAGUCCUUAUUUGCAGACUCCUGUGAGCUGUUUCAUGGCGUAGCGGUGGAGAAAUCACCAUUAACCUCUGCAUUCUUCACAAAUCGAGCGAGAAUAGCAGGGUUUGUGUGGUUGUGUGUGGAAAGAGCGGGUGGAUAUCAGAUCCAUGUUUGACGAUGAUGGCAUCAAGCAGUGAGAGUCCAAACAGAAAUGGUGAAGAUAAAACAAUAUCCAGCAGACAGACUGAAGUUAAUAAGAAGUUGAAGUACAUCAGUUUGGCGAUUCUGGUGAUCCAGAAUGCGUCGCUUAUCCUCAGCAUCCGCUAUGUGCGGACGUUGCCAGGAGACCAUUUCUUCACCACUUCAGCUGUUGUCAUGGCAGAAGUUCUUAAAGUCCUUACCUGUCUGGUUAUCAUCCUGAUACAGAAGAGAGGUAAUGUGAAGAACUUUGCAAUAUUGCUGUAUGACUCUAUAGUCGUACAGUAUUCAGACACACUGAAGUUAGCAGUGCCAUCCCUCAUCUACACGUUACAAAACAACCUGCAGUAUGUGGCCAUUUCUAAUCUACCUGCAGCCACUUUCCAGGUCACAUAUCAGCUGAAGAUCUUGACCACAGCAUUGUUUUCAGUUCUCAUGCUGCGGAAGAGUCUCUCUAAAGUCCAAUGGAUCUCUCUAGUGCUGCUCUUCGCCGGUGUGGCAAUCGUCCAGGUGGAACAAGAGGGCGGAAAACAGAAGGAGGCUUUGACCGGUGCCAACCAGAGCUACGCCAAAGGCUUGGUGUCGGUGGUGGUGUCCUGUUUGUCGUCUGGGUUUGCCGGCGUUUACUUUGAGAAGAUCUUGAAGGGCAGCUCGGCCUCUGUGUGGAUGAGGAACGUGCAGCUCGGUAUCUUCGGGACUCUUUUGGGUCUUCUCGGCCUUUGGUGGAAUGAUGGAGCCGCCAUUGCCGAGAAAGGGUUCCUGUUUGGCUACACGCCCAUGGUGUGGGGCGUCAUCUUCAACCAAGCGUUUGGUGGCCUCCUGGUGGCCGUGGUUGUGAAAUACGCAGACAAUAUUCUCAAAGGAUUCGCUACUUCUUUUUCCAUCAUCGUAUCUACCAUCACGUCCGUCUACCUAUUUGGUUUCCACGUGGACUUGAUCUUCACGCUGGGUGCAGGACUGGUUAUAGGUGCCGUCUAUAUGUACAGUCUCCCCAAACCAAACAACAGCACUUCCAGUACCAACACAUCCUUGUCGGGCCACAACAAAGGAGGAGACUCAGAGUUGGAUGCUUUUCUCCCAAAUCCCAAGACCCCUGGAAAGAAGAAAGGAAACUGAAAUUUGAAAUGUCCACAUAAGAAGUGAUGAGGAGAACAUACUGUACCUGAAAUUCACAUACUUCUGCCCUACUUCCAAAGGGUUAUAUUUCAAGUGCUUUAAUUAUUCUGAAAGUUUUAAACAGUUUUACAACUGAUGGUACUUGGUAUUUGUUGAAAAAUACAUUUUGCUGAUUGAUGGAAUCACAUAUUUAUACAAAUACCUCACUAAUGUUAUGCAUUUCAUAUGACUGACUGAAGCUCUGAUAAUAAUGUAAACAGUAGAAAACUUUAUAGUAUUUUGUUUGCCAGAGUUGGAAAAGUAAAAGAAUGAAUAUGUCCGUUAUUAAGUGGUCUUAUCAAGCGGAAUUCAAAAGGUGCUGCCUUAUUAUGAAAUCAUUUGCUUGCCUUCGUUAAUAUUUUGUCUAAAUGUCUAAUUAUUUAUUCUUUUAUUCAUAGGUUUAUUCCCGUUAGAAUGAUAUUAUGUGCUUUUAUCUCUUAUACAUUUCAACUGUAUUAUGUUAAACAGGAUAGACAAAAACAAACAUAUUUUUAGAGAAUAUUUUUAAAAUAUUUGUAUCUGUCUUAAGAAUACACGAGCAGCAUUAGGUUUGUCUGUCAAAAAUUCUCCAGUGUCAUGAGCGAACAUCUGUCAACCUUUUGAGAGGGAAAACAAUUUUGAUUAAGAGAUUUGAUCUAAAAAUAAUAUAGAAUAUUUUUUUUUUAUUAUUUUAACCCUUGUGUGUCAAUAAAAAAAAAACUAAGAGGUCCUAAUAGGACAAAAAUGUCUGCAUCAAAAAACUGCCAUAAAAAUAUUAUAUAUUAAUAUUAUUUUCCACUUUCACUGAAAUAGAUUUUUUUAACCAACAUCAGUGCUGAUCAUAAAGACCAAAUAUUCAUUCAUUUUCAGGAUUUUAACCCUCUAAAUGCCAGUUUGUUUACAUAACGCCACUGUUGUUUUUUACACAAACACAAACACACACACACACACACAUACAUUUCUCAAUACACACAUACAAAACACACUCUGACAUCCAUACCAACACACCCACACAAUUUUAGCUGCACCAUUUAUUCAAUUGGCCUGCAGUGCUCUAUAAUACAGCAAACAGAAAAUAGGAAAAAAGCAUGUAUUUGCUCCAUAGGCUAAACAUGAGAAAAGUGGCGCCAUCU